AGCCCGGUGGUUUCGCCCGGCGGAGGAGCAGAGAGCGCAGUUGUCGGCUGCAGGUCUCUCGGAGAGGAACGCGCAGUGGCUGAGGAAACAACACGUAGAACCUGUUUCUAUUCUGGCUCCGCUGCAGAAAAAAUCAAUCUGAAAAGGACAGACGGACCCUCUCAGCCCCCAGACCCCACACCCCAGUGAUGCUUAGCCGCUUUUUCCCAGAGGCCCACCUUGGCAGUUAGAAGAGAGGUCAUCACCAUGACAGCGUCCUCACAGGACUCCAACCCCUCGUUUCUGGCUGGCCUCUUCCUCCUCCUCCUCUUCCCAGCUGUUUGCACGCAGAACUCGGCGGUCCCGACGAGCCCGACCACGCCUCUGUUCGACCCGCUCACCCAGCCUGAGUGCACAAAGAAAGAACAUCCAAAGGUUUCCAUCCAAGCGCUCAGCCCGUGGAUCUCCGCGUUCUCCCACCCCGGCGUGAGAGACUACUCGCAGCUCACCCUUGACCUGACUAGGGAUGAGCUUAUUGUGGGUGCCAGAAACUACCUUUUCAGACUGGAUCUCCGUAACCUCUCGCUAAUACAGGCGACAGAGUGGGCACCGGAUGAGGAAACCAGGAAGUCGUGUCAGAGCAAAGGCAAAACAGAGAUGGAGUGCCAGAAUUACAUCAGAGUCCUGCUGGUGAACAAGACCGAGGUCAUGACCUGCGGGACCAAUGCUUUCCAGCCGCUAUGCAUCAGCAGAGAGGUGGGCAACAUCAGCAGAGUGCUGGAGCGCGUAAACGGCGUGGCGCGCUGCCCGUACGACCCUCGCCACAACUCCACGGCGGUGGUAACCGAAAGCGGGGAGCUCUACGCCGCCACCGUCAUCGACUUCUCGGGUCGCGACCCCGUCAUCUACAGGAGCCUGGGCGGCAUGCCGCCGCUGCGCACUGCCCAGUACAACUCCAAGUGGCUCAACGAGCCCCACUUCAUCUCCGCCUAUGACAUCGGCCUCUUCACCUUCUUCUUCCUGAGGGAGAACGCGGUGGAGCACGACUGCGGCAAGACGGUGUACUCCCGCGUGGCCCGGGUGUGCAAGAACGACAUCGGCGGGCGCUUCCUGCUGGAGGACACCUGGACCACGUUCAUGAAGGCGCGGCUCAACUGCUCCCGGUCCGGAGAGAUCCCCUUCUACUACAACGAGCUGCAGAGCACCUUCUACCUCCCCGAGCAAGACCUCAUCUACGGCAUCUUCACCACCAAUGUCAACAGCAUCGCAGCCUCCGCAGUGUGUGCCUUCAACCUGAGCGCCAUCACCCAAACCUUCAACGGGCCUUUCCGCUCCCAGGAGAAUCCCCGCUCCACCUGGCUCCCCACGCCCAACCCCAUCCACAACUUCCAGUGUGGCACCAUAAACGACAAAGGUCCCAACGAGGGUUUGACGGAGCGCAGCCUUCAGGACGCGCAGCGGCUCUACCUGAUGAACGACGUGGUGCAGCCAGAGUCCGUGGAUCCUCUCGUCAUGCAGGACGACGUCCGCUUCUCGAACCUGGUCGUGGACAUCGUCCAGGGCAUGGACACCCUUUUCCACGUCAUGUACAUCAGCACAGAAUAUGGCACCAUCCUAAAGGCUCUGGCCACGCCCAACAAAAACCUGCAGGGUUGCUACCUGGAGGAGAUGGAGCUGCAUCCAGCCGGUGUCCGAGAGCCGAUCCUGAGCCUUCAGAUCCUGCACAGCGACAGGUCGCUCUUCGUUGGCCUUAAAGACAGAGUCCUGAAGAUCCCCCUCGAGAGGUGUUCCUCCUACAGAACUGAGACGCUCUGCUUGGAGGCCAGGGACCCGUACUGCGGCUGGGACUUCAGGCAGCGCAAAUGCACGACGCUGGAGGAAAGCUCCAACAUGAGCCAGUGGAAACAGAACAUCACCGUUUGUCCGCUGCGGAACCAGACCAUCGACGGCCGCUUCGGGUCCUGGACGCCGUGGCACCCCUGCAGCAACGAAGACGCCCUGGACGGCGUGAGCUCCUGUUUGUGUCGCUCCAGAUCCUGCGACAGCCCCGCCCCUCGGUGCGGCGGCAAAACCUGCGCAGGGCCAACCAUUGAAGUCUCAAACUGCUCCAGAAACGGAGGCUGGACACCGUGGUCGUCGUGGGGACAGUGCAGCACGACCUGCGGCACAGGCUUCGAGCUGCGCCAGCGCUCGUGUAACAACCCGUCACCCCGGCACGGCGGACGCGUGUGCGUGGGGCCCACCAGGGACGAACGGUUCUGCAACGAGGGCGUGUCGUGUCCUCAGCCCAUUUUCUGGACGCCGUGGGCCUCGUGGACCAAGUGCAGCACAGAGUGCGGCGGAGGCGUCCAUUCCAGGGUCAGGUCCUGUGAGAACGGCAACAGCUGUCCAGGAUGUGCACUGGAGUACAAGGCCUGCAACCUGGAGGCAUGUCCAGAGGUGAAGAGGAACACGCCUUGGACGCCCUGGAUGCCGGUCAACGUGACCCAGGGCGGGGCCCGCCAGGAGCAGAGGAUGCGCUACAUGUGCCGGGCCCACCUGGCCGACCCCCACGAGCUGCAGAUCGGACGGAGGAAGGUGGAGACGCGCUUCUGUCCAAAUGACGGGACGGUGGUCUGCGAUACGGACAGCCUGGUGGAGGAGUUGCUAAAAAUGCCAGUGGUGAGAACGGCGGGGACGAGCUGGUCGUCGUGGGAGACCUGGUCCAGCUGCUCUCAGAGUUGUGCCAAAGGUUACCGCACCCGUCGGCGGACCUGUUCCGGGCCGGAGGGGAAGAGCGCCCCCGUGGCGUGUCGUGGUUCCCCUGUGGAAUACCAGGACUGUAAUGUGCAGGCAUGUCCCGUGAAAGGUGCGUGGUCCUGCUGGUCUCCCUGGUCUCAGUGCUCAGUGGGCUGCGGCAGCGGCCACUACCAGCGGACACGCUCCUGUAACAGCCCCGCCCCCGCCAACGGAGGAGACAUCUGCAUAGGCCUGCACACCGAGGAGGCCCUGUGCAACACACACACCUGUGACGGUAAG